AUGAUUUUGCUAUUACCGCUCCUUCUCUCCGUCCUGCUGGAUGGAGCCGUGUGCCAGCUGCGCUUCUCUGUACCGGAGGAGCAGGAGCACGGGACCGUCAUUGGGAAUAUCGCGGAAGAUUUGGGGUUGGACAUUACCAAACUUUCCGCCCGCCGCUUCCAGACGGUGCCCAGCUCGAGGAACCCUUACUUGGAUGUGAACCUGGAGAACGGGAAUCUUUAUGUUAAGGAGAAAAUAGACCGGGAGGAGAUAUGCAGGCAGACAGUACCGUGCAACCUGCACCUUGAGGUGUUUCUGGAGAACCCGCUCGAGCUUUUCCGCGUGGAGAUCGAGGUGAUGGAUAUCAACGACAAUCCCCCCACUUUCCCUGAGACAGACAUCACUGUGGAGAUAACAGAAAGUGCCACCCCAGGUACCCGGUUCCCGGUGGAGAAUGCUUUCGACCCAGAUGUCGGGACUAACGCGCUCAGCACCUACGCCAUAACGAACAAUAACAACUUUUACCUGGAUGUUCAGACACAGAGCGACGGGAACAAGUUUGCGGAGCUAGUGCUGGAAAAACCAUUAGACCGGGAGCAGCAGGCGGUGCAUCGGUACGUGCUCACGGCAGUGGACGGAGGGGUGCCACAACGGACUGGCACCGCGCUCCUGGUCGUUAAAGUCCUGGAUUCCAACGAUAACGCACCCAUCUUCGACCAGUCGGUGUACACGGUGAGCCUACGGGAGAAUUCACCGGUGGGCACUCUGGUUAUUCAGCUGAACGCCACUGAUGUAGAUGAAGGGCAGAAUGGAGAGAUAGUAUAUUCAUUUAGUAACCACAACCCACCGCGGAUAAAGGAUCUGUUUAAAAUCGAUGCCAGGACGGGGAGAAUAGAGGUGGCUGGGGAAGUGGACUAUGAGGAGAGCAGUACACACCAGAUAUACGUCCAGGCUAAAGACCUGGGAGCAAACGCAGUGCCCGCGCACUGCAAAGUCCUGGUCAAACUGGUCGACGUUAACGACAACACACCGGAGAUCAGUUUCAGCACCGUGACGGAGUCUGUGAGCGAGCAGGACGCCCUGGGCACUGUCAUAGCCCUCUUCAGCGUCACCGACCGGGACUCGGGCGACAACGGGCUGUUGAGCUGCGAGAUUUUGGGUGACGUUCCUUUCAAACUCAAAUCAUCAUUUAAAAACUACUACACCAUAGUAACGGAUGGACUAUUAGACAGAGAAAACGCAGACUCAUACACAAUCACUGUUGUAGCCAAAGACCAGGGGCUCCCCUCCCUAGCCACAAGCAAAUCCAUAAAGGUACACGUUUCCGACGAGAACGAUAACGCACCCCGCUUCACGCAGCCAGUUUACGAUGUGUAUGUGACGGAAAAUAACGUACCAGGUGCUUUUAUUCACGCGGUGAGCGCCGUGGACCCUGACGUUGGUCCGAACGCGCUCAUUACCUACUCCAUAUUGGAGUGUGACAUCCAGGGCAUGUCGGUGGACACCUAUGUGUCCAUCAACCAGGACACUGGCUACCUUUAUGCACUGCGCUCAUUCGACUAUGAACAGUUGAAAGAGUUUAGCUUUAUGGCACAGGCCAAAGACUCCGGGAGCCCGGAGCUCUCCUCCAACAGCACUGUUAACGUCAUCAUCAUUGACCAGAAUGACAACGCGCCGUCGGUGAUAGCCCCUGUCGGUAAGAACGGCACCGCCAAAGAACACCUGCCGCGCUCCGCCGAGCCGGGCUACCUGGUCACGCGUAUUGUCGCCAUGGACGCAGAUGAUGGCGAGAACGCACGGCUCUCCUACAGCAUUCUGCGCGGCAACGAGAUGGGCAUGUUCCGCAUGGACUGGCGGACGGGGGAGCUGCGCACAGCACGCCGCGUCUCCACCAAGCGCGACCCCCAGGGCUCCUACGACCUGCUGAUUGAGGUGAGGGACCACGGCCAGCCGCCACUCUCCUCGUCGGCUAGUGUGAGUGUGAUCCUGGUGGAUAGUGCGAUAGAGGGACGGAGUGGAGACCGAGGGGGUUCUUCCUCCAAGUCCAAAGAGACCUCUCUGGAUCUCACCCUCAUCCUCAUCAUCGCCCUGGGCGCCGUCUCUUUCAUCUUCCUCCUGGCUAUGAUCGUGCUGGCUGUGCGCUGCCAGAAAGACAAGAAGCUGGACCUGUACACGUGCCUCAUGGCGGGGGAGUGUUGCCUGUGCUGCAGCCCGUGCGGCUCGCGCCAGGCGCACGGCAGGAAACAGAAGAAGCUCAGCAAGUCGGACAUCAUGCUGGUCCAGAGUACUAACGUCACCUCCGGUGUGGGCGCAGUGGGCCAGGUGCCUGUGGAGGAGUCUGGUGUCGGCGGGGUCGGGAUGGGCGGCGUGUUCAGUUCCCAUCAUCAUCAGAACCAGAACUCCUACUGCUACCAGGUGUGUCUGACACCGGAGAGCGCCAAGACGGACCUGAUGUUCCUCAAACCGUGCAGCCCCUCGCGCAGCACUGACACGGACCACACCAACCCCUGUGGGGCCGGGUACAGCGAACAGCAACCGGACAUCUUAUCCAACGGGAGCAUCCUCUCCAAUGAGGUAAUGCUUGGUUUCUAUUAG